UCACAAAACUAACCAAAUUUUGGGUGUGCAUCAACCCACUUGACCAGAGGAUAUGGCUGCAGCCCCGCUCCCCGUAAACCUGAUACCCGACCAAACGAGCCCCGAUUGGUUGAACAAGGGUGACAAUGCGUGGCAACUCACGGCGGCCACUUUGGUCGGUAUGCAAAGCAUUCCAGGCCUUGUCAUCCUCUAUGGCAGCAUAGUGAAAAAGAAAUGGGCUGUGAACUCGGCCUUCAUGGCCUUUUAUGCGUUUGCUGCCGUGCUUGUUUGUUGGGUCGGGUGGGGCUACCAACUAUCAUUCGGCGACAAAUUAACUCAUUUCCUAGGCAAGCCCAAUGUAGCCUUAGAUGAAGUGUUUCUUUUCAAAAAAGCAUUUUUGGGGAACUUUCCCAAGGCGACAAUGGUGUAUUUUCAGUUUGUGUUUGCAGCCAUCACACUGAUUUUGAUUGCUGGGGCAUUGCUGGGGAGGAUGAAUUUUUAUGCAUGGAUGUUGUUUGUACCACUUUGGCUUACCUUCUCUUACACUAUUGUUGCGUUUAGUAUAUGGUGCCCAACUGGUUGGUUGUCUUUGAAGGGGGUCAUUGAUUACUCUGGAGGGUAUGUUAUCCAUCUCUCCUCUGGGGUGGCUGGCUUCACGGCAGCUUAUUGGGUGGGACCAAGGGCACUGAAGGACAGAGAGAGGUUCCCACCAAACAAUAUCAUUAUGAUGUUGACAGGAGCAGGCCUACUAUGGAUGGGAUGGACAGGAUUCAAUGGCGGCGAUCCUUACAACGCUGGUAUAGACGCAUCCCUAGCUGUCAUUAACACCCACGUCUGUACGGCCACAAGCUUGCUGACUUGGCUCAUUCUGGAUAUUAUAUUCUUUAAAAAGCCAUCUGUGAUUGGAGCCACUCAGGGGAUGAUCACUGGUUUGGUCUGUAUCACCCCAGCAGCAGGAGUGGUUCAAGGUUGGGCAGCAAUUCUAAUGGGACUCAUGUCUGGUAGCAUUCCAUGGUAUACCAUGAUGGUCCUUCACAAAAAAGUCCCCUUCAUAAAACACGUAGACGACACUAUGGCUGUAUUCCACACCCAUGCAGUUGCCGGAAGCCUAGGUGGGAUCCUCACCGGGUUCUUCGCUGAGCCCAAGCUCUGCCGCAUCUUCUAUAAUAUUACAGAGGGUUGGGAGCACUAUAUAGGUCUUGCCUAUGGGCUCAAAGAUGGUCGUUACAAGGCAGGGUUCAAACAGAUGGGACUUCAAAUUCUAGGAAUUUUGUUCGUAAUAAGCGUCAACAUUGUUAUGACCAGCAUAAUUUGUGUGCUGAUUAACUUUGUAAUUCCACUUCGGUUGCCAGAGGAUCAACUGGAGUUUGGGGAUGAUGCCAUUCAUGGGGAGGAGGCCUAUGCUUUGUGGGGGGAUGGGGAGAAGGAGAAGUUUGAGAAUUCUAAGAACAGAGGUGAACUUCAGAUGGCUUGAAGAAUGGGUUCUCAUGCUGCUCAAGUUUUAUGAGAAAAAUGUGGGAAUUGAGCACAGGAAUAUUCCUUCCACCACCUUUUGUUUUCUGCUUUUAUGUUUUAAUCUAUUUGGGGAUUAUUGACAUGGGUUUGACAGUAAAAUAAUGACCCGUCCAUUGUAAUAAGAAUAAAGCCACCAUAAUUUCAGUGUUGCAGUUUGGUUUGCCUAUGCUUGUAUUUUCCAAAUAUUCAUUUGUUGCCCAAAACAUGUGGAAGUGACAAAUGAUUAGGAUAUGGGAAUUGUGGCUGCCUUGAGAAAUUCAAUAGAUUAGAGGGCAUGAGUUAC